AUGUUGGCUAGAGGCGGGGCUAUAAAUAACAAUGUUUAUAUUAUGAACUGGAGUAAUCUAGUUCCUUUGAAAUGUAAUGUUCUUUGGUGGAGAGCUGAAAUGGGUCGUAUUGCAAUCGCGAAUGCUUUAAAGACGAGAAAUAUUGAUAUUGAAGACGACACCUGCUCCAUGUGUAACUCGAGCGAGGAAUCGGCUAGGCAUUUGUUCUGUUUCUGUUACAUUGCUGCUCGAAUUUGGCACUAUGUUGGAACUUGGUGCAGAGUGUCUCCAUUCGUUGCAGGUUCGGUUGGAGACCUUUUGGAAAAAUAUAAAUCGGUAGGUUUAACUGGAGGUGCUAAGGAGGCUUUUGAAUGUAUUGUUAAGGUGUGGUGUUGGUGUAUUUGGCGUGCGAGAAACAAGUUAAAGUUCGAGAAUAAACAAAGUCGGGUGGAAGAUAUAAUCAAGGAUGUGAAGGCUACGAGUUUUCUGUGGUAUAGCAAUAGAUCUAAAUCUAGAACAGUUUCAUGGAAUGGUUUGGUGUAA